AUGGGGUUUAACCUACUAUCUUUAUUAUUUCUAGGAACUCUAGCAUGUGCCUUCCUGUUUUAAAAAUAAUCUUCCCUCUCUCUCAUUAUAUCCAUCAUGGAUAUUAUCAUCAUUGUAUUUCAAUCUUCAAUUGCCCUUUACAUUAAUAUGCGAGCAUUAAAAUAACAAAACAAAAAACCCAUCUUUAUAUAUAGAAAAUUGAAAGUCUUAAGCAUUUGUUUCAAUAUCAUUGACAGACUAAUUGUUCCAAUUAUUAAUUGUACACUCAUUUUUAAAGAUGUAAUAACUCUAAUAUUUAGGAUUAAAAAGAAGCAAGAAAACAGUACUGUGUACUUGACAUAUUUGUUGCUCUUAUCAUUACUUCUAUUAUUUGGAAUUUAAUUGAAUAUUAUUUCUACACAAUUGUUAGAGAUUUUGUUCUUAUUUUACAAUCCUCAUGUAUUUUCUAUUUCCUCAUAUAGAAAAUCGAUCACAUCGAUAUAUGAAUGAUAGUAAACUAAAGCUUUUGGAAUAACAAAAUUUAGCCAUUGUAUUUGAAGUUCAAGGAUUAAAACCAACUUAUCGUAGAGGAGGAUAACCAAUUAUUAUUCCAGAAAAGGUUGAAUAAGGUCAAUAAAAAAGUAAUCUAGAAAUUCACAAAAUGUAAUAAUAACCAUUACAACAUAAUCAAAGUAUUGAAAUAUAAUUAAUUCAGGCUUUCAAGUUUAUGGUUCUCAGCAAGAAUUAAUAGAAAUCAAUUUAAUUCAAUGA